UGUUUAACCACCGAGUCGUGCUCUUUUCUUUUUUCUUUCUCAUAGAAAAAAAAAAAGACUAGUCUAGGAUACUUCACCGCCGUGAUUUCUCACCCACCGUCACCACCACCGCAUCUUGUUAUUUGCACCGUUUUUUCUUCAACCAUAUCACACUCAAAUGGGUAUUACGUGGAGUAACAGAAGAAGAAACAAUUUCAUUCAAAACCCACCUCCACAACCACCACAACUUCCACCACCACCGCCACCACCACCUUACUAUUACUCAUCAGAAUCACACCAUCCACCACCACCACCACCACCUCAACAAAGUUACUACUAUCCCCCCUCAACUACUCCUUACACCCCACAACCUCAACCACAACCCCAUUCAUUCUACUUCUCCAACCCUAACAAUAACUAUCCUCCCAAUUCUACUACCAAUCGUAUUCAAUAUCAUCCUUCUUAUCAUCUCAAUCAACAACACCAACAACAACCGCAAUAUGCAUGGCCUCCACCGCCUCCCUCUUUUUACGCUCCUGCUGCUGCUUCUUCCACCCCACCUCCUUAUGUUGAUCAUCAAACUGCUAAAAAGAUUAGAAACAAUGUUAAUGUUCAUAAAGAUACGCUUCGCCUUGAGGUUGAUCAGCAUAACCCUGAUCAUUACCUUGUUUCUUUUGUUUUCGAUGCCGUCUUUGAUGGAAGCAUUACUGUCUUUUACUUUGCGAAGGAAGAAGAUAAAUGUAGGUUUGUUCCACUCUUUCCUGAUGCAUUUGUGCCAGUCAAAGUCCCCUUCAAGAAAGGAGUUGGCCAGAAAUUUGCUCAGCCUUCAGGAACGGGGAUUGACCUAGGCUUCUUUGAGUUAGAUGAUCUUUCAAAGCCUUCACCUGGGGAAGAUGUCUUUCCUCUUGUAAUAUGCGCCGAAACAUGUUUGGAAACUCCCUCGGAAAACGAAACUCCUAAAACUCCUGAUGAUUCCGUGCUAGAUGCAUCCCCUCACAUGCAAAUUACUCAAGCUGUCUUGGAGAAAAGUAAUGGUGGUGGUGCUUUCCAGAUAAAAGUAGUUAGACAGAUUCUUUGGAUUGAUGGUGUUCGUUAUGAGUUGAGAGAACUAUAUGGAAUAGGAAGCUCAGAAGCUGCAGGCUUUGAUGACAGUGAUCCUGGGAAGGAGUGUGUAAUAUGCAUGACGGAACCAAAGGAUACAGCUGUCUUACCUUGUCGACAUAUGUGUUUGUGCAGUGAGUGUGCGAAAGCUCUGCGGCUUCAAUCCAAUAAAUGCCCUAUAUGCCGUCAGCCAAUUGAGGAACUUAUGGAAAUCAGGGUGAAGAGUAGCGAUCCAUGACAGUUUUUUCUCUCCCCAUGCUAAGUUGAAUUAUAUGACGAUUCCCUUUGUAAGAAAACUUUCCUCCCCCCUUUUACAUGUCUGCAGUAGGGUAAUAUAUGGCGAUUCCCUUUUCUGUGAACUGUAGCCAAUAAUUUGUCUAUAAUUUGGGUGCGUAUGUGUUUGAGGGAAGAUUUGGCCAUGUACACUUUUGCAGUGGUUGAAUGUUACGCCUGUGUCAUCUAUACUGUAUAGGUCGUAAUUUUUUGUAGUGAUGUUUGAGAGAUUAUUUCCCUAAUGGUCGCCGAACAAGGGAAGCGAACAAGGGCUAAAUAUAAUGAUACCUGGCUUGGUCCGUAUUGAAUUCGUGUUUGUAAAUUAUUGCUUAUAUUUAAUCAUGUAGUCGUUUAUAUUUCUAAAAA